CAAAAAAGAUUUUGCCCAAUUGAAAUUCAGACAAAGACCAGCCAUGCAUUUCUGUCCAAUAGAACAUCGAUAAACAGAGGACAUAAAAAACCGGACGCAAACACUAACCUUUGUCUUCAAAUUCUCACCAUAAACGUCAUUUCCUUCUAUCCAAACUCUGAUAUCUAAGCUCUAUGCAAUCCAACAAAUUUCACCCCAAACCCAACACAAGCGCAACCACACAAAUUAACCACAAUAAAAUUCUCCAAUAAUCCGCUCGCUCCAUCAGGCACCGCCUUAACCACCGCAAACCGCCAUGGUGCAGCCCCGAUUCCUGAUCGUUGUCUACCCGGCACAAGGUCACAUAAACCCCGGCCUUCAAUUCGCCAAGCGGCUAAUUCACAUCGGAGCCGAAGUCACCUUUGUGACCACCAUUUCCGCGUACCGCCGCAUGAACAAAGCUGCUUCCAUUCCCUCCGGCUUGUCCUUCGCUCCCUACUCCGACGGCUAUGACGAUGGUUUCAAACACGGUGUCCACGAUGCCGACCACUUUUUGUCGGAGCUUAGCCGUUGCGGUAAGCAAGCAAUCUCCGAUCUCGUCGUCUCCGCCGCCAAAGAAGGCCGUCCUUUCUGUUGCGUAGUCUACUCCAUACUCCUUCCGUGGGCGCCCGAGGCGGCACACGAACUUCAAGUUCCUUCUGCGUUGCUCUGGAUUCAACCCACCACGGUUUUCCAUAUCUACUACUAUUACUUCCAUGGCUAUGAUAAUGCAAUCACAAAUAAUGGUGCUUUCAACGACGGACCUUCAUGGUCAAUAGAAUUACCAGGAUUGCCACUGAAGCUCAAAAGGCGAGAUCUUCCAUCUUUCAUGGAUGCUGGAAAUGCGUACACUUUCGCAAUCCCAUUGUUCAAAGACCAGUUCGAAAAGCUCGAGUUGGGGAACAACAGGAAAGUUUUGGUAAACACCUUCGAUGCAUUAGAGCCCGAGGCAUUGAAAGCAAUCGGAAUUAACUUCGAUUUGAUCGGAAUCGGACCGUUGAUCCCGUCGGCGUUCUUGGAUGGGAAAGACCCUUCUGAUACUUCAUUCGGAGGCGAUCUUUUACAGCAUCCGAAAGAUUACUAUAUAGAAUGGUUGAGCUCGAAACCAAAAGGGUCUGUAAUUUACGUGUCGUUUGGUAGCAUGAGUGUUUUGGCCAAGCCACAAAUGGAGGAAGUUGGAAGAGCUUUGUUGGAAAUGGGUCGUCCAUUUUUGUGGGUAAUCAGACAAAAACCUGAUAGUAAUAAUGGAGAAGAUAAGAAAGAAGAAGAUCAGCUUAGCUGCAGAGAGGAACUGGAGAAGCUUGGGAAAAUAGUUCCAUGGUGUUCUCAGCUAGACGUUUUGUCGAACAGUUCGUGUGGUUGCUUUGUGACACAUUGUGGAUGGAAUUCGACAUUGGAGAGCAUUGCUUGUGGGGUUCCAAUGAUUGGAUAUCCACAGUGGUCAGAUCAAGGAACCAAUGCGAAGCUGAUAGAAGAUGUGUGGAAGAUUGGAUUGAGAGUGAAUAAGAACAAAGAUGGGAUUGUUGAAAGUGAUGAGUUUAAGAGGUGUUUGGAAGUGGUGAUGGGAGAUGGAGAUAAAGGUGAGGAAAUGAGAAGGAAUGCUAAGAAAUUGAAGGAUUUGGCAAGAGAAUCUGCCAAAGAAGGAGGGUCUUCUGAUAAGAAUCUCAAGGAAUUUGUGGAUGAGAUAAACCAGAAAGAGCGAGCUGGUCCACAAGUUUGAUUAAUGUUUUGCACCUUUCUUCAACUUCGGUAAUAAAAGACAGCAGAAAUACGAUAUUAGGUUGUUCGUGAGCCAAAUUGAAUCUGUGCCCCUGUACGGUAUGAUGCACAUUAAUACAACAUAAUAUAUAUAUAUAUAUAUAUAUAUAUUGAAAGAACACCUGAUAUACCAUACAAUAUAUCAGUGCUACCAGAU